UGAAUCCAAUAUGGCGUCUGUGGUCUGUUUUCUGUAAUUUUGACAAGAAAUUGUACUGUAUUUGAGCAGAAGAUGUUGAGAUUAAGAGUCUUUCCUUUAAAAUGGGCGUGYCUUCUUCAAAGGCAAACAUUUCGGCAAAUUCAAACCAGAGAUAGAAUAAAACUCGAGAGGAUCCACAAAAAGAAAGAAGCCAGCAUAGAAAGAUCUAGAGAAGCGUUGAAAAAACUAAGACAGAGGAAUCUAGAGGGYUUAUCUUUUAAACCGCCAAAAGAUGUAGAAUUGGGGGAAAAGCUGGCAAAAGCGUAUUCAAUGGGGAGACUGUUGUUCUUGUACAACAGCAGCAAACGAAGUGAAGCUUUGAGUCURUCAAAUAAGGUGACGACUUUGAGUCGUUUAGGACAACUUUAUGAUAGCAACAGAAAAGAAAGACUGCACUUCGAUAUGAAYACAAAUUCAUUGCAUGAGAUCAUUAGAUCUGUUACUACUUCAUCCAAAAAGUUGUCACCAAACGAAAUUGUGAAUGUUGUAGUUAGUCUCAGUCUCAUGAGGAUAACCGAAGAACACAAAUACUAUCCAUUUAUCAAAGCAAUUCAAGCUCUUGGUAUGAAGGCAUUUACUUCUGAUAACAUUGGGAUGCUUUGCUAUGCUUUUGGAUUUGCAAAGAACAAAAACUCACUUGAGUUAAUGAAAGAAAUUGAGAAAGAACUGUUGUGCCGUCCACUUGUCUCAUUCUCCAAUACAGUCCUAUGUGAAAUUGCCUGGGCUUUUGUGGAACUUGACAUACCAGCCAACAGACUUUUAGAUGAAGUUUGUACAGAGCUUUUAUCACGAGAAUUGAGUUUGUUUGAAUCUAGAGAUCUUGCGCUAAUGGGUCUUGCUUUCACAAGGGUUGACARUUUAGCUCAACGUGUUUCACAAGCAUUACAUGAUUCAUUGUAUUCAAUUAUUGAGAAUCUUAAAUAUCCAACAAGAGAUAUGGUAGCAAUCACCGUAGCACUGCUCAGAGGUGACAACAUGACUGUCAAGAUGUUUAGGAAACUUGAUACAAUUCUUGUSUCAAAAAGAGAUUUUGAAGAAAAAGUYCCAGAGAAACUUUUAAGGGAAUUUUUAUUUCUACUGAAAGGAAGUGCUUUUCACUUGUCAGAAACAAGAAAAAUCAUUGAAAAUGUUAUUCAUCCUAAGUCUCUUAACUCAGUAUUUGAUGUGUUCUAUAGGCCUAGAAUGUCAUGGAAAGCAAAGGUGUUUAAACAAUCCUGGUUUAAAGUAUACUAAGUUGAAAUUAUCUUUAGAAAAAAAACAAAAACAAAAAAACAAAAACAAAAAAACAAAAAAAACAAGAGACAUGAAAAUGUCUCAUUGCUGCAGGUCCUCAUCUUGAAACACAAAAUGUACUUACAUGUAAUAUGUAGAAGUCUUAAUGUGUUACUCUGAAUAAAACACAGCCUAUUUAUUUACGCCAA